AUGGAAGUCCCCAAAUUUGCUGAAUUAUUUACUGAAAGAGCUACUGCGCCCUUUUUUAUUUUUCAAGUAUUUUGUGUUGGAUUAUGGUGUUUAGAAGAUAUGUGGUAUUAUUCUCUUUUAACUCUUUUCAUGUUGGUGACAUUUGAGGUCACAAUUGUUAAACAACAAAUGCGUAAUAUGUCAGAAAUUAGAAAUAUGGGUUCACAGCCUUAUUUGGUCAAUGUUUAUCGUGGGAAGAGAUGGAAUAAACUAUCUUCAGAUCAAUUAAUUUGUGGCGAUAUAAUUUCAAUUACUUCAACAAAGGCGGGGGAAGAAAAAUCAAUUCCUUGCGAUCUUUUAUUAUUGAGAGGUCAUGCAAUUUGUGAUGAAGCAAUGUUGACGGGAGAAUCUAUUCCUCAAAUGAAAGAAUCAAUUGAAGAAUUGGAAAGGGAACGAAUUUUUGAUUCAAAUAUUGAUAGCCGUUUACAUGUUUUGUUUGGAGGAACUAAAAUUCUUCAACACACACCUCCGGCAAAAAAUGAGGCAGGUACAAAAGCCCCUGAUAAUGGUGUUAUUUGUUAUGUUUUGAGAACUGGAUUUAAUACAAACCAAGGAAGUUUAUUGAGAACUAUUAUGUUUGGCGUGAAACGAGUUAGUGCUAACAAUUUGGAAACAUUUGCCUUUAUUCUCUUUCUGUUAAUUUUUGCUAUCGCUGCUUCCGCAUAUCUUUGGAUUAAAGGAACUGAAGAUGAAAAUCGUUCUCGUUAUAAAUUAUUUUUGGAAUGUGUGCUUAUUUUAACAAGUGUAAUCCCACCAGAAUUACCAAUUGAAUUAUCUUUGGCUGUAAAUAAUUCAUUACUUGCUUUACAAAAAUUGGGGAUAUUUUGUACUGAACCUUUUCGAAUUCCUUUUGCUGGCAAAAUUGAUGUUUGUUGUUUUGACAAGACUGGGACGUUAACAACAGAUGAGUUAGUAAUGGAAGGAGUUGCCGGUUUAACUCCUAUACAGAGUGAAUCCUCUGAAGUACUCGACAAUACUUCCUCAAAUAAUUCAGAGAAUGAUGUUUCUAUUGUUCGUUUACCUUCUAAUUGUGAUUUAAAUUCUGUUCGUGCUCUUGCUUCAUGUCAUUCUUUAGUCCGUUUUGAUGAGGAAUUAGUUGGCGAUCCUUUAGAGAAGGCAAUUCUUAAAUGGCUUGAUUGGAAUGUUACAAAACAAGAUUCUGUUAUUCCCAUAAAGAAAACUACAAAGGUUCCUCCAAUUAAAAUUCUUCGUCGUUUUCACUUUUCAAGUCAAAUGAAACGAAUGACAGUUAUUUCUGCAUAUCAAAGUUCUGGUCAAACUACAACAAAUUGUAUUGUUACAUUUCAUGAAUUGCCUCCUUCAUAUGAUGAGAAUUAUCAAAGUCUUGCUAGGGCAGGUGCUCGCAUUAUUGCUUUGGGGAUUAGAGAACUUGGUCCUUUGAGUACGCAACAGAUUCGUGAAACUCCCAGGAAUGAAUUUGAAUGUGAACUUAGUUUUGCUGGUUUUGCCGUUGUUUCAUGUCCUUUGAAGUCGGAUACUCGGUCAAUGAUUAGAGAAAUAAUCGAUUCUUCACACAGGGUUGUAAUGAUCACAGGCGAUAAUGUUUUGACUGCUUUACAUGUCGCAAAUGAACUAAAAUUUAUUCGAAAAAAUAGAGUGGCGUUAAUUUUGGAUCAAAUAGAAGAUCAAAAUAGUCAGGAUAAAUGGCUUUGGCGUUCAGUUGACGGUACAACAAGUUUGACAACAGAUGUUCUUUUAACCAAAAAUCACUUACUUGCUCGUCACCGAAAAUUCGAACUUUGUUUAACAGGCUCUUCUUUUGAAAAUUUGCAUGAUUCUCUUGAAUCUUGGAAAUUUAAAAUAAGUAAGAAUAAGAUUAAAGUAUAG